AUGGAUCAAAAGAUAUAUUAAUUUACAUUAAUCUUCAAGCUAAAAAACGCUAUAAAAUUAUAUUAAGAAUUCUUAGAUAAAUUUGAAUUUUAUAGGUAAGUUUUGGGCUUGAAGUAAUUCGAAACUAUAAUGAAAAGAGAUUGCAAAGCCAUUUAGAAGCUCAUAAAGUAAUUCAUUCAACGAUAUGUAGCUAUUCAAUAAUAAAAGGAAAUUUGUUUUUUGGAUGA